CGUUGCGCUUCCUUAGUAAGUCUUCUUUUGUGGCUCGGCUCAUAGCAGGCUUUUUCAACAUUUCAUCCUCCUGAUCUGAUCUUAUCCUCUAGAUCUGUAUGAUGUCUCUAUCGUAAUCAUCCAUCGAGCCCUCUCUUCGUCCUCUACUAGAUCCCAAUGCCACCUAGGACCCGUCAACAAACGGCUCCACCGUCUUCUUCAUCCCGUACUACAGCAUUACAAACUCCAGAAAAGACAGCCACCAAACGAGCUGCGACUCGCUCAACGACUUCCUCGAGGAGGACUACUCGAUCGCUUUCAGUCCAGCUGGCUGAGAGAGAAAGAUCCGCGGACAUCAGUACUACCGCUUCGCCUACGCCUGUGCUGGACCCUGAGAGCGAUACCGAAGAUACCACCAUCGUCACUGGCAGUGCGACACCUGAUCAAGUUGAAGAAGACGAAAUGUUGCACUCUCAUCGCACCGAGCAGCACGGCUUGAGAGAGAGAAAUAUUGAAGACCUUGCAGAGCUCGAGGAGAAAGGAUUGCUGAGAUCAUUAUCUCCUUCGGAUCAGGAAGACGGCAUACCUACUCCGAGACGGAAAGGAAACGACGAUGAGAAGCAAAGACACCUCAGCCUAGAAAGGACUUUUGAAAGGUCCGGAUCAGUCGAAAGCGAAGAAGGAUCCGGACUCAGCAGUCCGAGAGACAGAAGAGCAUUUGCAGUCUUGGUCUUGCUCUACCUUCUCCAAGGUAUCCCACUGGGCUUGACUUUCGGAACCCUUCCCUUUCUUCUCAAACCGAAAUUAUCGUACUCCCAACUGGGAGUCUUCUCCCUUGCCACCUGGCCAUACUCCCUCAAGCUAUUAUGGUCUCCCAUCGUCGAUGCGUGGUUCGUUAGAAAAUGGGGUAGACGGAAAAGCUGGAUUGUCCCGGUUCAAGCUGUUGUCGGGCUGGGAUUAUGGCUCAUCGGAGGAAGGAUAGAAGAUUGGUUGGCGGACGAUGUCGUGGAUGUCCACUUCAUCACGACAGUCUUCAUGUGUCUCAUAUUGGCAGCUGCGACUCAAGAUAUCGCCGUUGACGGAUGGGCUCUGACACUAUUGUCGCAACAGAAUCUAUCCUACGCGUCCACUGCGCAAACUAUCGGGAUUGGCAUCGGUAACGCUCUGAGCUUUACAGUGUUUCUAGCGUUCAACUCGGUCGAGUUCUCGAACAAGUACUUCCGCUCCAGCCCCCUGGACUACGGACUGGUCUCGCUCGGCGGGUAUAUCCGUUUUUGGGGCAUCGUCUUCAUUGCCGCCACAAUCGGUAUUGCCAUCUGGACUAGGGAGGAUCCCGUCAGCGAAGAUGACCCAGACAUGGAUGUCAAAAAGGUUUACAAGAUCAUGUGGAGUAUUUUCCGGCUUAAGAACAUCCAAUCCCUCCUGAUCGUUCACCUCACUUGCAAGCUUGGUUUCCAAGUCAAUGAUUCUGUCACCGGCUUGAAACUGCUCGAGAAAGGUCUGUCGAAAGAAGACCUCGCCAUUGCGGUCCUGCUCGAUUUCCCAGCUCAGAUGAUCGCCGGAUGGCUCGUAGCGAAAUGGUCACGUCCAACUAGCUCAAAACACCCAUUGACAGCUGGGACGGGCUCAUUGCUCAAACCAUGGGUCUAUGCAUUUUGGGCCAGAUUGGGCAUGGCUUUGGUGGCCACGGCCGUGGUAUAUGGUUUCCCAAAAAGUGGCAACGUCGGGACUGGGUACCUUGCUAUGGUCAUCAUGACUACACUAUUGUCGUCUCUGACCUCGACGAUUCAAUUCAUCGGUAUCUGCGCUUUCCACACGCACAUCGCGGAUCCUCGAGUCGGUGGAUCGUCUAUGACACUACUGAACACCGUUUCGAACCUCGGAGGGACUCUGCCUAAACCCAUCAUCCUCCGUCUAGUGGACCUCUUCACGAAAUACGGCUGCUCCAUCGGUAAUCGUAUAGACCGUCAUCUCGCACUGAGUGACUGUAAUGCCGGGCACGGGAGCAAGCUGUGUGAAGCUCAGGGUGGGUAUUGCGUCAUCACAACGGACGGGUAUUAUAUUAUGAGCUUUGUCUGCGUUUUGAUCGGGGGAACAUUAUUGAUCAAGCUGAUCAUUCCCACUGUGAGGAGGCUGGAAGCUCAACCUAUGAGUUCAUGGAGAGUCAAAAUUCCAUUAUGAAGCUCAUGCAUCGAUGUGGUCAAUAC